CUCUCUCUCUCUCUCUCUCUCUCUCUCUCUCUCUCUGACACGCGCGCGCACACACACGCGCACGGAUCAUCUGAUGACGUGGUGCCGUUCGCUCAGCUGCGCGAGAGGAUGGCGGACCAGAACAGGCAAAUCAAGCUCGCUGCAGCCAAGAAAAAGCUGAAGGAGUUUCAACAGAAGACGAUCCCAUCCACAGGAAGUGCUGGACCAAAGAAGAAGAGGAAAGUGAAAGGCGGCGAUCAGACGGACGCACCUGCUGACAGACGCUCUCCAGACAAUGUGAGUCAGGAUCGAGUGGACGCGGUGACCCGGGUCUCGCAGGAGCUGGAGGAGGCCAGUGCUGAUCCCGUCUCUAACCCCGCUUCUGCUAUUAACACCGAGUGUGUCGCUGAUAACGCUGUCCUGCAGCAGAAUUACACUGCAGACGCAAAUGGCGACGAACAUCCUCUGGAAGAUAAAAGGCCGCUGUCGUCCACAGAGAGCCUGAGACAACUUUCCCAGCAGCUCAAUGGACUUCUGUCUGACUCAUCAACAUACAUCAAUGGAGACAGCGAUCCACCGACAGUCAACGAGAAGGAACUGGAGACUCGCAACCAAGAGCUGGCAGCUGCUCUGGACUCCAGCACGCUAACAAACACCCAGCUCGCGUCCAAACUCGAGACACUGACGAAGCAGUCUCAGGAGCUGUCUGAUCAACUACAGAAGGAGCGGAAAGAGUUUGAGCAGAAGUUCAGUAAGGAGCAGGGAGCGAUGCGUGAACAGCUACAGGUUCACAUUCAGACCAUCGGCAUCCUGGUGUCUGAGAAAUCAGAGCUACAGACGGCCCUGUCUUACACACAGCAGGCGGCGCGACAGAAGACAGCCGAGGCAGAAGAUCUGAGCUCGCGGCUGCAGGCCAGUAAACACAGAGUGUCUGAGUUAGAGAGAACGUUAUCUACAGUCUCGACACAACAGAAGCAGUUCGAGAAGCAUAAUAAAGAGCUUGAAAAGGAGAGAGACAGUCUACGAUUGGAGGUUCUCAGGUUUAAUAAUUUGAGCGAGGAGUCCAGGCAGCAGAGCUCAGAACUUUCUGAACAGCUCAAGCUGAGAGUAAAUGAGAAUAAUGCCUUGAAACAGGAAGUUGAUGAGCUUCGUAAGCGGCUGGAGAUGGCCGACGAUAUGCUGCAGCAGUUCUCCAGUCAGUCGGGUCCUCCAUCAGAACACCAGCAGGUUCAGCACCUCCUGGAGGAAAAGCACCAGUUAGAGGCUCACACGGCUCAGCUGAUGGAGUCCGUCGCUCAGCUGCAGGUGGAGAGAGAUCAGUACGCUGCACAGAUUCAGGAGGAGGGACGAGUGUGGAAAGACAAAACUGAACAGCUCCUGUCUCAGGUUCGUCUGAUGUCAGAGGAGAGGGACAGCACAGCUGCUCAGAUCCACGAGCUGCAGGAGAAGAUCACAGAACUGGAGAACGCUGCAGCUCUGAUGAGUAAAGAGCAGGAGCUGCAGGCCGCGUCACAGGUCUCAGGCCCUUCAGAAAGUGAACUGGCCCUUCAGGAAACCGUCAGAAGCCUUCAGCAGGAGAGAGACACUCUCAGUCUACAGUACCAAGCACAGGUGCGGGACAACGAGCAGCUGAGCCGACUGGUGCAGGAACAGGAAGCGAGGCUGGAAGAACUGGAGAGACAGGCCGAACGGGCCGCUGAAGAAGCUCAGGAUCGACUCCGUAUUCUGGAGGACGUCCAGAGCGAUAAGGCCACCAUCAGCAGAGCUCUGGCUCAGAACCGAGACCUCAAAGACCAGCUGGCCGAGUUUCAGAACGGCUUUGUCAAGCUGACCAAUGAGAACAUGGAGCUGACGAGCGCUCUGCAGUCCGAGCAGCACAUCAAGAAGGAGAUCGCUCGUAAGAUAGGUCAGCUACAGGAAGAUCUGCACAAUGCCAAAGAACAGCUGCUGGAGAAGUCGAACGAGUUGGCGUCCGUGGCGGAACAGAGGGAUCAGUAUCUGAACCACCUGCAGCAGUACACGGCCGGAUACCAGCAGCUGGUGGCCGAGCGAGAACAUCUGCACAAGCAGUUCCUGCAGCAGGCGCAGCUGAUGGACCGACUGCAGCACGACGAGGUGCAGGGCAAAGUGCAGCUGGAGCAGAGUCACAUGCAGCUGCAGGAGGCGCAGGAGAAACUAAACCAGCUGGCCAGAGACAAUGAGGAGCUGAAGACGGAGGUGCAGGAGCUCCUGAACAGCUCCGUCCUGAACACGUCACACAGAGACGAAGGUGAUGGGCUGGAAAGUCACUCACUCCCAGAGAGCUUCCAGAAAUCACAGAUUGUCAUUCCACAAGACUUCGAGAGCAGAGAAGAAAUGGAGGAGUUUAUUCAUUCGGCUCUGUCACGACUGGAGGAUCAGCGAGAUGAGAUGAGCCGCCGGUUCGAGGAGGAGAGGAGGCUUCAUCAUGCUGCCCGGCAACAGAUGGCGGCCAUGAGCCACGAGCAUAAUCUUCAUCAUCAUCAUCAUCACAGCUCAGAGACAGGAGGCUCUGACGGGGUUCCGGUGGAGGUGCACGAGGCUCUGCGGGUUGCCAUGGACAAACUCCAGGAGCGUUUCACCAGGCUCAUGCAGGAGAAGGUGGAUCUGAAGGAGCGAUUGGAGGAGCUGGAGCACCGCUGCAUUCAACUGUCAGGAGAAACGGACACCAUCGGUGAAUACAUCGCGCUGUAUCAGAACCAGAGAGCCAUCAUGAAACAAAGACACUUCGAGAAGGAGCAAUACAUCAACAUGCUGGCCAAAGACAAGGAGGAGAUGAAGGUGAAGCUAGCCGAGCUGCAGGACCUGGUGAUGCGAUUGGUGGGGGAGCGUAACGAGUGGUACAGCAGAUACAUGAGCGCCGUCAGUAACCCUGAACUCCUGCCGUCCGGAGGAGACCAGCCUCAGCCUGCUGACGGACACAUGGACAUCAACAGUGAGGACAGUCCAGCUGUUCUGGACAUGAGCACAGCGAUGGACGUGUCUUCAUCGGUCCAGUCCAGCACAGACCCUGAGAUCCGCUCCCAGAGUUCAGAGAGGCCCGGAUCCGCGGCGGAGCUCGCGGCCGGCCCGUCCCUGAGACCCAGAGAAGACGGCACGGCCCGUCAGAUCAUGCAGCUCCUGCAGGAGAUCCAGAAUCCUCAGGCCAGACCUGCUCCCUUCCUGGGAGAAAACCCAUGCAUCCCGUUCUUCUACCGGCCAGACGAACACGACGAGGUCAAGAUUCUGGUGGUCUGAAAGCCUCUUUGUGCGUCCGAUGGGGCGAAUCUGAAUCUUUUCACCUGAUGUUUCCUGCUUGGGUGCUUGGCGACAUGGACACGUGGGUUUUUCCCCCUUUGUUUCUCUGGUUUCUACAGAGAAAUUUGAUUCAUUCUGAAGCUCUUCGGCUCCAUUUGGUUUGUGUGUAAACCAGUUAUUCCAUAAGAAUAUCAGUUCCCGCUGCUCUUGUGUCCUUUCCCUGAUCGAUCAGUCCACUUUAUCACAUAUAGGUGCAAUAGACAGAUCACUGAUGAUUCAUAUCAAUAUGAUUCACUGAUUCAGUGAACUUGUUACAUAAUAAUCUCACACAUAUAAUAUGAUAUGAUAGAGCAGGUCUGGACUAAGAAGAUGAAGUGUUUUCUAAAAGAAUAAGGUUGUGAAGUGUUGGUUCGCUUGCAAAGCAUGUAGGGCAGAGUAUUGAGAAGGAAACGUAAAAGAAGCUGAAUCAGAACUGCAAAUUCAUGAUCUGAACAGUGUAAGGUAUACACAAGUCAGCGGCGUCUAAUAUGAGCCAUCUGACGGCAAGUUAUUAUUGGGAUUUGUUGAAAGAUGUAAUUAUUAUUUCUUCCCUACAGACUCACGAGCACCUUGUGUUUUUUCCCAGACUGCACUGUAAACAUUUUUUUGUUGUUUCAACUUAAAAAAGUAAGUGUUCGUGGUGCUUUAAAACUUUAAGUUUACUCAACUCAAAUAUCCAAGUUGUCACUCGGCACAACUUCACAUUCAAGUUGACUCAACUUAAAUUUUUAAGGUAGCACAAACACUUGUUUUUUUUUAUUUGAAGCAACAUUUUUUAAUUUUUUUACAGUGUGUGCGAGUCGAAGCUUGUCAGAUGUUGAAGAUUGUUCGCAGCUAACUCUAUGACGCGGUCAGCUGAGAGUUCAGAGUGUCGUUCGUCGAUGUUGAGUGAAUGAUACGAGUGUGAGUUUAUGAGAGCUGUACAGAGAUGAUAGAAAACAGAGUUUGUGUGAGAAAAGCUGGAACUUCAGAUACUUUCAAGAGCAUAAUUUGAUAACACUUUCUGUGAAGCCGUUCUUAUGCACCUUGUAAUUAGUUGUACGUUUUUGUACGUAAUUGUAAUGCAGAUUUCCUUUCAUGGCUACACCUUUAAAGAGCGAUAAUGCAUUGCAUUUAAAUGCAUGAAGCUCUUUAGAAGUAUUAUAAUCUGCUUACAGGUAUUUACAAAAACACUCAACCAGUUAUAAAGCAGAAUGCAUUGCUUUCUAAUGCGUUAUAUUUACACACAUGCUUCAUAGAAAGUGUUGGCAUAUCUAUAUUCAUAACUGGAAAGCCUGUUGAACAUCUGAAUACUGUGUUUGGUCUGCAGUACCGGGGUAUUUGACCCUGCUGUACUCUGAAGCACUUUUAUUAGUCACAUCUGUGAACGUCAAGCUUAUGCAUUUAUAUCUGCGCUCUCAUGUAUGAAUAUAUUUUACAGUGAUUAUUUUGGGGCUUUGAUCGGAUAUUUUCGAAUCACGUCGAUUAUUUUGCAGAGGCUUGUUGAUGUAACAGAUGUGUAAAUAGUGUAACUGUGUAUCAUACUGUAUAUUCAUGGAGGGGAGAAGGAUGGAAGUGAUGCUUGCGUUUGCCUGCUGAAGAAAAAGACUAAUCGUGUGGGAAGAAAGGACGCCCCGUUUGUGUGGUUUCGUACUACAGCUGAAUUAAAGGAGAAUUCUAUUUAUUUGGGAUAAUUAAUGACACACUAAUCUGUUUUAAUUUAGACUGAUGGAACACAAUGAAGGAAUAAUGAGUUGUUUCAGCAGAAGUAUUUCUGCGGUGAUUUUCCUCCUAAAUAAACCUGAUUGAGCAAAACGAAA